AUGGCUGGCCAUAUGGGUAGAGGUGUCAUAGAGGAGCAGGUAUGGAGGAAGGGACCUUGGACUGCUGAAGAGGACAGGUUGCUUGUUGAGUAUGUCAGGUUGCAUGGUGAAGGCAGAUGGAACUCUGUUGCUAGGCUUGCAAAACACGAACAGUGCUACGAAAUGGCCAAGAUGAUGCUGAAGGUCACUUUUGUAUCAGAGACUAUUUUAAACACCGUUAACCCCAAGGACCAGAUUUACAGUGAAGUUAGUAGGUCAUUUGCUGUGAGGUGGAAAGAUGUACUUGAUCGUUUACGAAAUUUGUUUGACAAGGAUGGAAAUUUGCAUAUCGCUCUCUACAACUAA